CCAACACCAGUCGGUGCUUCUGCCCCUAAGGUGCCAUAGAACUCCCUAAUGGCCUCCUCCCUCCCUGGUCUAUUUUCCCUGCCCACAAGGUGCCAGAAUCCCACCCCACCUCCCUCCCGCAGCCCCGCCCUGCCUCAGGAAUGGGCAUAGUGCUGUCCAGCCCAGCCCCUGGCCUUUGGAAGGCCUGAUGCCCGCCCCUCCUCCUGCCCGCCAGAGAGGACAGAAGCCGACCAAAUGAUCUCCCCCGAGUAGAGGGGCAAACUCCAGCGUCCACUGGGAACCCGAUGCCCUAUUCUGUGACUCUAGAGAACCUAGUCCGGCAUCCUGGCCAGCGCCUUUCCCAACAACUCGAGUAAUAAUUGAGCAGAGGUGGGAAAGGUGCCUUGGAAACAUCUGCUGAGAAGCAAAUGUCGGGUGAGAUCUUCUUGCCGCUGGAGAGCCUCGCUGCCCUGGAAGCCUCAAAUGGCCACCCUCUCGUCUGCUUCCUGUGCCACGGGCAAUACGAGCACCCGUGUCUGCUAGACUGCUACCACAACUUCUGCGCCAGCUGCCUGCGGGGCCGGGCCGUUGACGGCCGGCUCGCCUGCCCGCUUUGUGGCCACCAGACGGUGGUGAAGGGGGCCAAUGGGCUGCCUCCCGUGGACCGGCUCCUGCAGUUUCUGGUGGAUGGCUCCUCGGACUCCGAGGAGGCUGUGCGCUGCGCCAACUGUGACCUGGAAUGCCAGACCCAGGAUGCAGAGACCACCUAUUUCUGCAACACUUGUGGUCAGCCACUCUGUGCUCACUGCCGGGAGGAGACUCACAGAGCCAAAAUGUUCUCACGCCACGAUGUUGUGGCCCUGGGCAAACGCAUCAAGGACACCCACAAGAAAUGUUCUUUGCAUGGUGAGCCUUACAUUAUGUUCUCCACUGACAAGAAGUCCAUGCUGUGCAUUCGAUGCUUCCGGGACAUGCAGGGGGAAAGCCGGGCACACUGUAUCGACAUAGAGACAGCCUAUGUGCAGGGCUGUGAGAAGCUGGACCAAAUUGUCAUGGCUGUGAAGGCUUUGCAGACCUCCACUCGGGAGGCAAUCACCCUGCUGCAGACUAUGGUGGAGGAGGUGAAGCGCAGUGCAGCCGAGGAGGAGAGCGCCAUCCACACCCUCUUCAGCAGCUUGCAAGAGAAGCUGACGGAGAGGAAGGCAUUGUUACUGAAGGCAGUUCGGAGGUUGGUAGGGCCAAGAAUCAUAUUGAUUCAUUUAAAUGUUGAAAAAGCACUUGCCUCACACAAUCCUGUGGGCCAGUAUGAAGAGAAAGACAAGGCCUUCAAGGAUCAGCUCUCCCACCUGUUAUCCUUGCUGCCCACACUGCAGGUCCACCUGGUCACCUGCUCAGCUUUCCUCAGUUCAGCCAACAAGGCAGAGUUCCUGGACCUGGGAUAUGAACUGAUGGAUCGUCUCCAGGGCAUCGUCACCCGACCCCACCGCCUGCAGCCCGCGCAGAGCAGUAAGAUCACCAGCGAUCACCGCGCUGAGUUCGCCCGCUGUCUGGAGCCGCUGCUGCUGCUAGGUGCGCGCAGGGCGCCGGCGCCCGGGGCUGCAGCCACCAUGCUUUCUGGGUGUUCAACUACCAAGGCUCUGCUCAGUUCUGGCUGCCCAUCCCCAGGCGGAAAGAUGUCUGGGUCUCCUAUUCACAAGCCCACACUGCACCGGUCCAUCAGUACAAAGGUGCUGCUGGCAGAGGGAAGUGAUACCCCCUUCACAGAGCAUUGCCGCCACUAUGAGGAGACAUACAGGACCUUGCAAUCUGAGAUCCAGAAUCUGAAGGACCAAGUACAAGAAUUGCAUCGGGACCUCACCAAGCACCAUUCCCUCAUUAAGGCAGAAAUCAUGAGUGACAUCCUACAGAAAUCCCUACAGGUGGAUGGGCACAUUGCUUCCAAGUACGCCUCUGUAGAGAUGAUGAGACCUGUCUUUGAAGAGACAUGGGAAGAAACCUAUCAGAGAAUAGCAAAUGAGCAAGAAAUUUAUGAAGCCCAGCUCUAUGAUUUGUUCCAGCUGAGACAAGAGAAUAGCUAUCUGAUCAAUAUCACCAAGCAGAUCACCCCUUACGUCCGCUCCAUCGCUAAAGUGAAGGAACGGCUAGAGCCAAGAUUCCAAGAACCUAUUGAUGAGCAAUCAGAGAAUUUACAAAAAAUAUAUGAAGAUAUGGUGGUGAUCAAUGAGAAUCAAACCAGGAAUGAGCCAACAAGUAGUUCUGAAGAGAAAAGAGAAGAUACAGGAGUACAACAGAGGGGACAACCAAAUUCCGAACAGACUCUCAGAAGAACUCCUGAAAAAUAAAGGCCGUGAACAAAUCCAAAGAGAAAUAUGGGAUAUCACAGCUAGCAAAGAAUCUAUAUCUUAGCAAAAGGAACUUGCUUUAUCAGGCUUUUUUUUUUUUUUUUUAAGGAAAUUUAAAGGUUUCCUUCCAUCACACUUAUUGAAUAUAAUGGGUAAUUUUGCCAACAAUAAAUUGUGGACUGAGCUCAGGCUUUUCAAAUUAA